AUGGUUGAUACAAGACCUACGAAGAGUAACACCACCACAACAGGCCCGUCUCAUGGUUUCGUGGUCGCUGCAACUGCAUGGGACAGUGGCUACCAGCGCUAUCUAGCAGCCUCCCAUGGCUGCAAGCACGUUCCAGAUGGGGGUGGGCACGGUUCAAUUUGGACCGAUUUUUGUCUCUAA